GUUAGUUGGCAGACAAUUCAUCAUCUCUUCAGAAGCUCUGGACAUCAUUGCGAUCAUGAAGUGUGUUUUGCAUUGUAUAUUUUUCCUCCUGCUGUGGAUUACACCCAAUACCAGAGUAUGUGCAUCUCAUCAAGGAAUUCCCCUGUCAGUUGUAAAACUUUGGGCUUCAGCGUUUGGUGGAGAAAUGAAAUCCAUUGCGGCCAAGUAUUCUGGCUCUCAGCUGUUGCAAAAGAAAUACAAGGAGCUUGAGCAGUCGGUGAGGGUGGAGGAGAUUGAUGGAAUCAAACUGGUGAAGAAACUUGCUGGGAAAAUGGCGCAGAUGUUCCACAAGAAGGCUGAAGCUAUAAAGUACCUGCAACCCACUCAGGUUGCCCAGGUAGCCAAGCUCCUUCAGGAUGGCACAUUCAUACAUGCUGACGCAAAGGAGGUUUGGUGUGUUUUCGAGCACAGUCUCAAGAACAUGGAGGAGAUAUGGGAGAUGGGUGGUUACGAGCUGGACAGGGCCGUAGAAGGGCAACAACCCAGCAGCAGGACCAGUAUCCGCUUCUUUUACGAGUACUUUAAUGCAGUGCUGAUCAAUGAGAUGGAUGAGGAGGGCAGGAGUUUGGAGCUGGGUGGAGAAUUCAUCUUGCAGCCGAAUGAACAUUUCAACAAUCUGUCUGUAAACCUCAGCCUCAGUGUCGUCCAGGUUCCAACUAACAUGUACAACAAAGACUCAGCCAUAGUGAAUGGAGUGUACUGGUCAGAGGCACUCAAUAAGGUGUUUGUGGAUAACUUUAAAAGAGACUCUACUCUCAUAUGGCAGUACUUUGGUAGCGCCAAAGGUUUCUUCAGACAGUAUCCAGGUAUAAAGUGGACACCUGAUGAACAUGGGGUUCUAGAAUUCGACUGUCGAAAUCGAAAAUGGUAUAUCCAGGCUGCUACAUCUCCUAAAGAUGUGGUCAUUUUGGUGGAUGUGAGUGGCAGUAUGAAGGGGCUACGGCUGACCAUCGCUCGACAGACUGUCUCCUCCAUAUUGGAUACACUUGGGGAUGAUGACUUUUUUAACAUUAUUGCUUACAAUGAGGAGCUGCAUUAUGUGGAGCCGUGUCUGAACGGAACAUUAGUUCAAGCUGACGUUACCAACAAAGAUCAUUUCCGUGACCGUCUUGAUAAGCUCUUUGCUAAAGGGAUAGGCAUGCUGGACGUGGCUCUGACUGAGGCCUUUGAACUUCUCAGUAAUUUUAAUGAGACGGGCCGAGGCAGCGUGUGCAGUCAAGCCAUCAUGUUGGUGACGGAUGGAGCUGUGGAAACAUAUGACGCUGUCUUUGCCCAGUACAACUGGCCUGAUAGAAAGGUGCGUGUGUUCCCUUACCUGAUUGGUCGGGAGUCUGCCUUUGCUGAUAACCUGAAAUGGAUGGCCUGCGCUAAUAAAGGUUAUUUUACCCAGAUCUCCACACUGGCAGAUGUUCAGGAGAAUGUGAUGGAGUAUCUGCAUGUGCUCAGUCGGCCGAAGGUCAUUGAUCGAGAGCAUGACAUGGUGUGGACAGAAGCCUAUGUUGAUAACACUCGUCCACAGGCUCAAAAGCUGGAAGAUGCUCAGGGUCCUGUGCUCAUGACUACUGUGGCCAUGCCUGUGUUCAGCACCAAGAACGAGACUAGAAAUAAAGGAAUUCUUCUUGGAGUAGUUGGCACAGAUGUUCCAGUGUCUGAAAUACUGAAGGCCAUCCCUAAAUACAAGCUGGGAAUCUAUGGUUAUGCCUUCGCCAUCACCAAUAAUGGAUACAUACUCACCCAUCCAGACUUGCAGCCUCUGUAUGAAGAAGGGAAAAAGAAGAGAAAAUCCAGCUACAGCAGUGUGGAUCUGUCGGAGGUGGAGUGGGAAGACAAGGAGGAUGAGUUGCGUAAUGCCAUGGUGAACAGGCAGACGGGAAGCUUCUCUAUGAAAGUGAAGAAGACUGUGGAUAAAGGGAAGCGUGUGCUUGUUCUACACAAUGACUACUACUACACAGACAUUAAAGGAACUCCCUUCAGCUUAGGAGUGGCCCUGUCCAGAGGUCAUGGCAAAUAUUUCUUCAGAGCAAAUACCUCUGUUGAAGAAGGACUACAUGAUUUGGAGCAUCCAGAUGUUUUAUUAGCGAAUGAAUGGACAUACUGUAACACAGAGGAACAUCCAGAACACAAUUUCCUAACUCAGAUUGAUGCCAUCAAGCUGUAUUUUAAUGGGGUACCACAUCUGAAGUGUGAUAAGGAUCUGAUCCAGGAAGUUCUAUUUGAUGCUGUGGUCACAGCACCACUGGAAGCAUACUGGACCAGUCUCGCUCUCAAUAAAUCAGAGAAUUCUGAUAAAGGGGUGGAGAUAGCUUACCUCUGCACUCGAACCGGACUAUCACGCAUCAACCUUUUUGUGAUGCCAGACCAACUGACCAAUCAAGACUUCCUGACUGGAGAAGAUAAGGAGGUAGUGUUCAGUGCUGAUCAUUUUCCUUUGUGGUACAAACGGGCUGCUGAACAGGUGCCUGGAACCUUUAUCUACUCCCUUCCUUUCGGCACAGGCUCUGAGAAUAAGAGUGUGGUUUUGGCCAGCAGCGCCAUUCAUUUGUUGGAUGAGAGAGAGUCACCCAUUGCUGCAGCUGUGGGUAUUCAGAUGAAACUAGAGUUCUUCCAGAGGAAGUUCUGGACUGCCAGCAGACAGUGUGCAGCACUUGACGGGAAGUGUUCCAUCAGCUGUGACAAUGAUGAAAUCAGCUGUUACCUCAUUGACAACAAUGGAUUCAUAAUUGUGGCUGAGGAUCUGUCUUUGACUGGUGUGUUCUUUGGAGAGGCUGAGGGAGCUGUGAUGAGCAAACUUGUUUCAAUGGGUUCUUUUAAGAGGGUGAAUCUGUAUGACUAUCGGUCAAUCUGUAGGGUGUAUGCGCAGACCAGUGAUACAGCACACACACUUUUGCACCCCUACUUUGCUUUAUUUGCAGCUGUCCGGUGGCUUCUGACUGAAUUUGUCAUAUUUCUGGUUGAGUUCAACCUGUACAGUUGGUGGCACUCUCACCUCACCAUUAAGGCUCAGAGAGGAGGCAAAACUAUGUUGAUUCCUUGUGAUAAAGAGUAUCCAGCAUUCGUGUCUGAGCGCACCAUUAAAGAAACCGUCGGGAAUAUUGACUGUGAAAGCUGUGUAAAAUCGUUUGUUAUUCAGCAGAUUCCCAGUAGUAAUCUUUUCAUGGUGGUCAUUGACAAUACAUGUGACUGCAGCGACUUUGGACCUGUCAACAUGGACCCCAUCGAAAUUAUGUAUAACGAGUCUCUGAAAUGUGAACGGUUGAAGUUUCAGAAGGAGAGAAGGCGACCAGACACGUGCCACCCCUUCCAUCAUGAGGAAAACUCAAUGGAGUGUGGUGGUUCUGUGGGCUUGACUCCAUCACUAACAUCUACAGUUUUUAUAGUCCUGAUAGUCACCAUCUUUCCCAGGUGAUGAAAACAGAUUUUGACCCAUACGUCCACCUCGGUCAUGCCAGUUUCACUCGGUCCAGCAUGCAAAAAUUGAUUAUAUAAAUAUUUAUUU